GUGCGGAGGCGCUCGUCCGCCCACGCAGGAGUCGUUGAAGGCGCCGUCUCGGCGCCAUCUGUGUCCAUCGCAACAAGCACUGCCGCCACGUUGGCGAACUUUGCCCAGGACACUGACAUCGAGCGUCUGAUCGGUUCAAUGGGCGGCAUUGAGAUCGUGCUGGAGUCCGUCGGCACAGUUGAUGCAGAGGAGUUCCAUCUUCAAGCAGUGAGGUUUCUCUGGAACAUGACUUUCUCCAAAAUUAACCAGCAGCGGUUUAUGGACAACGAAGGGGUCGAGAAGGUCCUGGCUAUUCUUGGACGCCACUGCCAGCCGCAACAUGCACAGCUACAGGAGCAGGGCUGCGGCGUGCUUCGCAAUCUGGCAUAUGGCCAUACCGGAAGACACAAACUCAAGCUUCUGCAGUCUGGGGUCAUCCAGUGCUUGUGCGAGGCGCUUGAAAGAUUCUACAGGGACGUCCAAGUUUGCCUGCAGGCAGUCGCAGGGCUGACUGCAAUGUGCGACCGUGCUCCGCCAGCUGCUUUGCAAGCAAGCCAGAACGGGGCGAUCACCUGGCUCGUGAGAGCCUUAAAGCUCACCGGGGACAAAAUUGACAUCACGCAGCAGAUUCUACAGGCCCUGGCAAGCAUCCUCAUCAUUCCGGAGGCCUUAACACCGUUUGGUCUUCGCGGCGGGCAUUUGGAGGUGCUCAAAGUGGUUGACCGGCUUCCGUCCGAUGGAACUUUGCUGCUGGCAUUCCGGACCUUGGCGGCGGCACUCAGCCACACAAUGCUGAAGGAUCUGAAGGACCAGAACUUGGCCGCCAUAAUGGCGCAAGAGCUCGAGGAGCAGGAGGACGACGAUAAUCCGAUGAGUGCCGCUGAGAAGGAGAACUUGAUCUCACAAUGGCAGUUGAUGAGCGAUGCUCCGGGCUCGCAGAUACGCAUUGAUCUGAUGGAUGCGCAGAUCAUUCGUAAAGUCGUCAAUGCUUUGAGAAAAUUCCACGAGUAUUCGACCGCAAUAGAGGCCGCUGCAGGAGUUCUGCUGAACCUGGCUUUGGAAGUCCAUGAGAAGCUCGAGAAGGAUGAAUAUCACUUGAAUCGAAAGCUGGAAGUGGGGAUGGAAUGCCACAAGUGCCUCACGAUUAUUGGCCAUUUGGCCGCUGAGAGGUCCGAGAGCAAUGCAGGCUUUGCGGCGAACAUGUUCUAUCUGCUGGCUGCUGUGUCGCUCAAUGAGGAAGUGUCGCUUUUGCUCUACAGGGAGCAGGCUGCAGCCAGGUCUCUGCAGUACAUGAAGGCAUACAAAAACCAGCCGCGCGUUCAGGCAGCAGGCGCAGCUUUUCUUAGCAAUUUGGCCAAGACGAAGCUUCGCAUCCGCGAGGCAGUGGUGGAGGUUGGCUGCAUCGAGUACCUUCUAUCGCUCCUUUCCGCAUGCAAGGACGAUGCAACGGUGGUCUCCGCCACUGCAAGAGUGCUGAAGGAUCUCCUGCCUGCCCAGGCGGCCUACGAGAUAGUCAGAAAGCAUGACAUCAUCAAUCUGAUAUUCGAGGCAGUGGACCAGCACGUGGACAAUGCGGACGCGAUGGGCGCCAGUAUGAACCUGCUGUGGACCCUGUCAGCACUGUCCGGCUAUGCCGAGCAGCUCAACCGUACAGACACAACGGUGCGUGCUUUGCAGGCCCUGCGAUUGCACCGAAUGCACCACGAGGUUUGCAGAUGCUGUGGCGGCCUGCUGCGCAAUCUUCUAUCAGCUCCGCUGAAUCAGCAAGCUGCGGCCACAUGUGUUGAUGGAGGCGGUCUGAGGUUGCUGCUGACUACUCUUUGGCACCACUGCCUUCCCGAUGAGGCAGCAGCCAUUGGCAGAGCGACCGUUGCUGCGAACAGAGCCAGCCUUCAAUCCUUGGACGGGCUGGAUGCGGAGUAUGAUCCAGGCGCAGAGGCUGAACUCGCAGAUCGCAAGCGGAGAUUGUCGCAGUUACGCCGCAGGUCCCAGACAGGUCAUGGUGGCGAUGGUCCGGCCAAACGGGCAUCUGUUGCCAGUGUUGGCUCGGCUGGCCACGGCAACAGGAGAGGAUCGAGACGCAGCAGCAUAGGAUCAGAAGCCGAUCUACGAAAUACGCAUUUCGAGACCGGCGAUGAAGACAACUCUGACAGCAUGGCCGUUGCCGAGCAGAUACUGGCUGCUUUGAGAAACCUGUCGGCUUUCAGCCACGUCGCCGCAGAGUUGGCUGAAGAGGUCUUCGUGAACGAGGAGUGGGACCAGUUGAGGACUGUUGUGGAGGUAUACUCCAGAAGCGUCAUGGUUCAGUUUCAGGGCUUCGACUUGAUUGGGCGACUGGUCAAUGCCAAGAGGGACUUGCGCAGGGUGUUCCGGCGCAUCUCAGACCACGUCUUGCUCAUGUCCCAGCACCACAAAACGACGCCUGUGGCUGAUGCAGCGGACCUGCUGCUGGAGGUCAAGAUCACACUACUAGCCCAGAUUAGAUUAGACUCGUGCAACAUCGAUGAAAUGGUCUUCAUACGUGAGGUGAAUAUUUUCCACUACAAUGCGGCUCUCAACGCCUUGGCUACUGGAAAUUCCUGGCCGCGAGCGCUCAGCACAUUGUUCCUCCUCUGUCGCAGGCAGCUGGCAGACAAGACAUCUUUCAGUGCAACUAUCACCGCCUGUUCUUCGGAAAGGUGGCCAAUGGCUUUCUCAUUAAUCAGCAGACAUUCCUUGGCUUGUUUGGAGUGUGACAUCGUAGCUGUGGGUGCAGCUGCUGCAUGUGGGGUACCGUGGCCCAGAGCCUCGCGGCUGCUGGCCAGCCUGCAGCUCAAGCAGGUGCAAGUGAAUGUGGUGGCCUGCAGUGCGCUGAUGGCCUCCUGCGAGCAGUCUGGUGCUUGGGCGAGGGCGAUACACUGCUUUCGCGACAUGCAGCUCAUCGGAGUACAGCCGAACGUGGUGACAUAUUCAACAACCACCAGCUCCUACAACACCGCCUUCCUUUGGCGUGCAGCGGCACAAAUGGUAGGCAACCUGGCACCAAGUCAAUGCGCAGCAGCAGUUCUGUCCGAGGUACUUUCAGUGAUCGAGAAGUUCGUGUCGGAGCAGGACUUUGCACAUGGGAAGUGUGCGCUUAGGUUCUCGAACGGUGGUUUGCAACUCUGCUCUUGGUGCACUGUCCAAGAGUCGGCAAUGGCUGGAGGAGUGAGCUGUAGCUUGGCGGUAGAAUGCUGCCAGGCCAAGCAGUGGCGGAAGGGUGUCGGCAUUCUGGAGCACAUGCGCCUGAACAACAUUCUUCUGAAUGAAGUGAAACAGAGCCAAGCCACGCUGGAUCACGCUUCCAGUGCCAAGCACGGUAAAGCAACUAGAGACAGUCAUAGCGCCAGCGCCAUGGUGUCGAUGUCCGCGAAGAAUCCUCAUGUCUGCCUCGCGGCGGUCAUCCUCUGGAACAACUGGGUGGAGGCGGUCGACCAAAGCGAAUUCUGCCCACGAUGGGCUGCAGCUGGCGAGUGCGCUCGCAAUGCCGAUUACAUGCUUAAGGCUUGUCCAGCAAGCUGCUCAUCGACAGGCACCGCAUCUCAGACAAGCAGCCAGUCAGUUUGUGCCCAGUGGGCCGGUGGCGGCGAAUGCCAGAAGAAUCCGACUUUCAUGCUUAAG